AAAAGUUUGGAAAUCAAGUGCAAAAGUACUGAUAUAUCACCAUCACAAUGUCCUCUUAGUGGCUGCAUAAUUUUCCUUAAAAAUGUAUAUGAAAUGAAUGUACAUUUUUAUAUAUUAUAUAUAUAGUAUAAUUAUAGUGUGCUUGGAGAGAGACAUAUGUUAUGUCUUCUCAGUUGCUGCUCUCUCUCCCUUUCUUACUUUUCCUCUCCAUUUCACUCUCUCUCUCUCAAUCCAUCUUCUUGCCGUAACUGCGAGCCAACCUGUUGUAGCUCUUCCACACCCCCUAAACUUUCUCCUUCAGAGGUAUUUGCUUCAUUCAUUUACUCUCUCCUUCUCUCACACACCCUCUUACUUGUCCCUUUCUAGGCCGUCUUGGAUUCUCACACUCCUCGUCCUGGAACAUUGCACUACAGCGUGUGGAGUCCCAUAACCUGUUCUUGGAUUGGAUUAUCACCUGACGGAUCUUCAACAAACUGGGUCUGUUUUUUUGAGAGGAGUACCAUGGUGCAGGGUACAGUUGGAAAGAUAAAAGUGAGAGAGCGUAGCAGCUAAAUAAAGCAGAGAACAAGCCCGUCUUAAGACAUCAGUCCAAAGAAGAGGAUCUGCCGGCAAAGAGAUAAGAGAGAGAGGACAGGGAACGAAAGAGAGAGUCGGAGGACGAGAGAGAGAGAGAGAGAGAGAAUGGGAUAUUGCGGCAUGUGGAUCUUCCUCUUGUCCCUGUCUCUCUUCUAUCAAAGCACCACUGCAGAGGCUGAAGUAUGUCGUACAGCCAUGCCUGCUGAUAUUGUGUUCCUGGUGGAUGAUUCCUGGUCAGUGGGUCCGACCAGCUUCCAGCAGAUAAAAGAGUUCAUAGCAGACUUCAUCCGAGCCUUCCAGGGAAGUGUGGUUGGACAGGAAGGCAUUCGCUUUGGAGUGACUGUCUAUUCAGACUUGCCCAGGAUGCGUAUAGCUCUGACGGAUUAUUCGACUCUGGUGGAAGUGUUGAGAGCAGUGGAGGAGGUGCCAUAUGAGGGAGGCAACAGCCGCACCGGCUUGGCAUUGGAAUUCCUUGUCGAGUCUGUGUUCAGUCCUUCUAUCAUCAGAGACAACGCCCCAAAGAUUGCUGUUCUGAUCACUAAUGGCCAAUCAGAUGAUCCGGUGGACGGUCCAGCUAAAGCUGUAACAGAUAGUGGGAUUUCCCUGUUUGCUGUGGGGGUAAGGAACGCAAAUCAGGCUGAGAUGAGAAAAAUCGUCACAGAACCCCAUGAGGAACAUCUACUGCUCAGCCCAGAUUUCUCCUUCCUGGAGAACCUUCUGCCCAAACUGUCUCGUCGUAUCUGCUUCACUGCCUCAGAACCUCCCCGACCUGUUAAACAAAAGCCACCAGUGGUGGAGAGGAUAGUAGGACCUAAAGAUCUGCAAGUGAGCGAGCUGAGUUACAGCUCUCUGCAGCUGACCUGGAGUCAGGCCACAGGAGACGUUACUGGCUACAGGCUGCUCAUCACCCCUGUGUCUCCAAAGGGCCAUCUGCUCCCGGCACAGCAGAGACAGAUUGAUCUGAAGGGAGAUAUUAGUAGUACUCCAGUAACCGGGUUGAGUCCUAAGACUGAGUACUCCCUCACUUUAUAUGCCAUCUAUCCCUACCCAACGCAUAAUAUAACAAAACAACAACACAAAACAACUGUUCUACCACCGGUUUCAAACUUCCGUGUGAUUGAAGAAGGACUGUACUCUUUACGCCUGGGAUGGACGCCUCCGCUUGGAAAAGUGGAUAAAUAUAAAAUUUAUGUUCCAAGAACGGACAGACCCGGUCUCAUUUAUGAUCAGCUACUGUCGGGUGAUGCCUCCUCUCACGUGAUUGACACUUUAGAAGAGGACAAGGAGUACACAGUCGAGAUCUACGCCAUCUACCCAGAGGGCCUCAGUGAGACUGUAUCUGUCACCGGGAAAACUUUGAAACUGGUGCCAGUUGAUAAACUACUGGUGCAAAACGCCACAACAGACACAGUUCAGGCCCGCUGGUCGUCUGUCAGAGGCGCCACAGGAUACAGACUCACCUGGUCAUCAUCAGAGGGACACAUAGAAAACGUGAACCUGGGAGACAACUUUAAUUUCUACAUGGUGCAGGGCCUGCAUGCUGGCACAGAGUACACCAUCACUAUCAACCCCAUCUUUGUGGACAUUGAAGGGCCUGUUACUGCUUUCAAAGCUAAGACAUUGGAAAGCAGUGCAGUACAGACCCUGAGAGCGUCUGCGGUCAGCACUAGCAGCGCUGUUACCUCAUGGAACGCUGUACCUGGAGCCACAGGCUACAGAUUGGCCUGGGGCCCUACUGCAGAGUUCAUAGGGAGAGAUCGGCCGAGGCAGUUGGCUCUGAAUGGCAGCACUACUGAGUAUGUUUUGAAGAAUCUGGUCCAUGACACCGAGUAUGUGCUUUCCCUUUACGUUCUCUUUGGUUCUUCGGUUGGUCCGGGCAUCACUGCUACAUUCAGGACCUCGCCUCUCGGAUAUGUCUCAAAUUUUAAAGUGACAUCAUACACCAGCUCGUCCAUUGAUGUGGAAUGGAGUCCUAUUGUAGGGGCCACAGAGUACAAACUCACCUGGAGUUCAGCAUUACAGCACAGCAUCUCUGGUCUUCAGCCACAAACUCUUUAUUCUGUCAGCAUUCACGCUCUCUACAGCAACACAGAAGGACCAGAAAACUCUCUCACAUUCAUUACAACCUCUUUGACAGACUCUGAGUUGAUUGAGACAGUUCGGGAAGUAAAGGUUGUGGACAUUGGCGCCAACUCCUUCAAACUGGCCUGGAAGAAAACACCAGGGGUCACUGGGUACAAGAUCACUUGGAGCCCUUUCCAUGGUGGAGAAAAAAAGAGUGAGGUAGUAUCUUCUUCUGCCACGUCCUUCGCCAUCACUGACCUGCCUGCCAGUUCUGCAUACAAGAUCCAGGUUUCUGCAGUGGCCAGAAGCAAAGAGGGAAGUCCAGUAAUGGUGACUGCCCGCACAUUGGAUCUGCCCAAGGUGACUGGAUUCAGUGCUCUGAACACCACCGACAACAGCACUGUACUGAACUGGACCAGUGUAACUGGAGCAUCUGGAUACCUGCUGUCCUGGAGACAUAUAUCAGAGGUGGACAUCUCCUCUGAUCUGCUGAGCUCUGGCUUCACCUCCUAUAAGAUCCGAGAUCUGCUAUAUGGCAGAACUUAUAUAUUUUCCAUCAGACCUCUUUAUGGAGAAGUGGAGGGUCCGGUCACAACCAUCACUAAGAGGAUCUUGGGAGCUCCUCGUCUCAUUCCUGUCCAGAACCCUACGCCGGCCCCUGUCUCUGCUAAUACUAAAAUCAAUGGCUUGCCCCCCCUCCACACCACAACCAGAAAUACUCGCACCCCAUUGGUCAAAGCCCCCAGCGCACACACAACCACUCAGAGACUCACUGUGAAGCCUCAGAUCACUAGUGGCCAAACAGCUUCAGCACUGACCAGAAUGACCACAGUAAAUGACCAAACCAUCCUGUCCGUCAAGACACCUCCACCUGGACCAGUGUGUGGCAGGGUGAAGGCAGAUAUUGUGUUUCUGGUCGAUGAAUCCUGGAGCAUUGGAACUAAUAACUUUGGCAAGCUGAAGGAUUUCCUGUUUAGAAUCGUCACCUACUUCCCCUCUAUAGGACCUAAAGGAACACAGAUAGCAGUAGUUCACUACAGUGAUCAGCCCAGGAUCGAGUUCAACUUUAACACUCACAAAGACCGUAACUCCGUUUUGAGAGCACUCCGUGAAGUCCGCUACGGAGGGGGGAACACAAAAACAGGUCGUGGGAUCAGCUAUGUCCUUAGGGAGAUGUUUCAGGAGUCUUUGGGUAUGAGACAGGAAGUCCCUCACGUGUUAGUGUUACUGACAGACGGGAGAGCACAGGAUGACGUAGAGCCACCAUCCAGGAUAGCACAUGCUCUGGGUGUCAGUGUGUUGGCCAUCGGCAUUGCUCAUGCAGAUAUUGAGGAGCUGAGGACCAUCGCCUCUCCCACCACUUACAAGAACAUCUUCUUCGCCAGUGAUUUCGAUGAUCUUCCGACCAUCGAGAGAGAGUUUAUCAGCAGCAUCUGUAGCGAGGCCUUACAAUUAGAGUUCAAACAACACGAUGAGUCUGCUCAACUGGACACACCUACAGAUGACCCAGAAGCUCUCAGUAAACCAGAAGGGCCCUGUCCACUUAGCUGCAAGGGUCAGAAAGGAGAGAAGGGCGAUGGAUUUGGUCAUGGUGGCCUGCGACUCAAGCAAGGCCCGGGGCAUUAUGAUUCAUUCUCUCUAAAGGUCAAAGGGGAAAAGGGUGAACGCGGUCUUCCCGGAACGGAUGGUAUUCCGGGUUUACCAGGAAGACCGGGUAGAACUGGACCUCCUGGUUCUCCUGGACAAAGGGGGACGACUGGAAUUCCUGGUGACAUGGGGCCUCCUGGUAAUACUGGACCUAAAGGACAGAGAGGAGAGAGAGGUGAACCAGGCUAUGUUAUGGGAGGUAUGGAGGUUCUUCCAGGACGUAAAGGAGAACCUGGAUCCUCUGGCCCCCCAGGUGCUCCAGGGGUCCCAGGGGUAUCAGGUCCUCCAGGACUCCCUGGUUUGCCUGGGUCUCCGGGCUCUCCUGGAAUCUCUGUUAAGGGUGAGAUUGGAGAAUCUGGUCCUAAAGGUCCGCGUGGAAAACCGGGUCUGAAAGGAGAAAAGGGGGAGCAUGGAAGUAAUGGUCUACCAGGUUUACCAGGACCAGUGGGAGUGGAUGGACUUUCAGGACUUCCUGGGCAGAAGGGGGAGAAGGGAGAGGAAGGUAUCGGAGUUCAGGGUGUUCAAGGUCCACUUGGGCCAAAAGGAGAAAAGGGUAAUACAGGACUACAAGGCCCAAAGGGAAAAGCAGGAAUCCAAGGAGUCCAGGGAAUCACAGGCCCUCGGGGGAAAAAGGGUCUUAAAGGGGAUCAAGGAGACAAGGGUGAAAGUGGGGAAAUUGGACCUAUCGGGCCUCCAGGAGUUGCAGGCUUCCCUGGAGCUGCUGGACGAAAGGGUGACGAGGGGCAGCGCGGGCAACCUGGUGACCCAGCUAAAGGGAUACUCGGUCCUCCAGGGAAAAAGGGUGCCAGGGGGGAUGUUGGACAAGUUGGGCCACAAGGACCACAAGGAAUCAAAGGAGAUCAAGGUGAUAAAGGUGAAAAGGGUAGUCCUGGAUUUGGAAUCCCUGGUCAGCCUGGUCCCAAAGGAGAGAGUGGAGAAAGAGGUAAUGUUGGAUUAUCAGGGAAACCUGGGCCUAAAGGCAGCGAUGGGUCCAAAGGAGAGAAAGGGGAGGUGGGCUUCCCAGGCAAUCCUGGUUCUCCAGGACUAAGAGGUAAAGAUGGUCUGCCAGGACUGAAUGGAGAGAUGGGAUUGAGGGGAGAGUCUGGUUCACCGGGAGAACCUGGAGAGAGAGGUGUUAAGGGGCCUCUCGGUCUUCCAGGACGACCUGGUGACCCUGGGGGAAAAGGCGAGCCUGGGAAAUUAGGGUUACCAGGUCCAGAGGGAAACAAAGGAGAAAAAGGCGAGCCGGGAAGGCCGGGACCACCGGGAGACACUCAAUUUACCACUUCAGAUAACACCAUUCUCACCAGGGCCAUUAAGGGUGAACCUGGUGAGCAAGGGCUCCCAGGACUCCGAGGGGAGACAGGACGUCCUGGACCACCUGGUCCUGAAGGUAAACCAGGACCUCCUGGGAACUCACUGCCUGGAUCUAGUAAAGGAAGAGAUGGUGUGGAUGGUUUACCAGGAAGGCCUGGAUCUAAGGGUGAACCAGGACAGAAAGGGGACCCAGGACCAAAAGGUGAGAUAGGAGAUCCUGGACGUGCUGGGAUUACUGGUAUGCCUGGUUUACCUGGGACACCUGGUAAACCUGGUGUUGAUGGGAAACGUGGAGUAGUUGGAAAAGAUGGAGAUCAAGGACCAAAGGGUGAUGAAGGGACAAAGGGUGAAAAAGGUGAACCUGGUGCAAAUGGAAAUGUAGGUCAAAAAGGAGAGCCAGGAUCUCCAGGCUUGCCAGGUCCUCCCAUUGUCCUCCAAGAUGGUAUGUCGAUUGAGGACAUUAAAAAGGCAUUUCCCAUACCAAUGGGACCCCCGGGUGCGGUGGGUCCUCCUGGGAUGAAGGGAGAGAAAGGAGACAUGGGUUUGAAAGGAGAGAAGGGUGAUGCUGGCCCACCGGGGAGAGCUGUUGAAAUGAAGGACAUUGAAGGCUUGUUUGAUUCAUAUGGUAUUAAACUCUCGCUGCUGAAGGCCUUGAUUGACAGGCUGCUUCAGGAUGGAAUGGAGGAGCUUCUUCAUGAGAUCAGCACCAUCAGACGAGUGAAAGGAGACAGACAGGAGCCGGACUCAAACGUCAUCACCGAAUACACCAGCUCAGUAAAGUACAGUCACCCACAAGAGUCAUUACCUGAUACGGAUUUGAUUGAGGAAGAGUCUGAUCUUGAAGAGGGGCAGAUGCCUGAACCAAGUCCUUGUUCAAUAGCAAUACAGUUGUCAUUGUUUUUUAAUGUUUGGUGCCUUGUCUUGUAUUUUAAGAAGCCUGUUGUACAAAAAGAAGUGGGUCCUAUCCUUUCGAACAUCUCUACUAUUCACAAAAAGGCUAACCAGAGUAAAACCAAAGACAAGCUGGUAGAUGUUGAAGAAAAGAAACUUGUGGAGACUAACUUCAGUGAUGUAACACCUUUGAAAUUUCUCCAAACCAACACUUCCUCUGAGAGGCUGGGCUCUGGGAAGGUAGAGGUAAGUAUGGAGACAGUUUUCCACAGCCAUGAGGACACGGGGAAGAAAACAUCUGGAGAGAAGAAGAAAGGCAGAGAUAGGGGAAAGGGCAAAGGAAAUAAAGGACGUCAAAAACGACAAAGGAAACGUUUGGAAGGUCAAGACAGCAUGGGAGAGGAGGUUGAGGAAGCAUCAUAUGACGAUGAGGAAUAUGAAUAUGAUGAUGAGCUGCCCACAGAAGAGCCCUUUCCCUCUCGAGAGGAGGAGGAGCUAAAAUACUCAGCAACAACAGCUAUAUACACACAAGAAAAUGAGGGUGAAACAACUUCUCCGAUUACACAGUCUCCAGGGGAGAUUACACUGAUGGUUCACACAACAACAGCGAGUCCCCUGCUUUCAUCAAAAGUCACAGAGCAGAAGCUGCGUGAAACCACAUUAAUAUCAGUGCUAAAUACAACACAAACUGGAGAGGAGGUGAGCUUGUCCCACAAUAGCGGCCUGGAAGAGGCAAGAUCUAAAGUGAAGAGAAGUGCUCCUUCAUCUGAGUACAUGGCCUACAUGCCUGGAACACCAGGUGGACAAAACCGUUACAAACAAGGAUCUAAGCGGUCUACCUCAGGUGCACAAGGCAAAAAGAAGCUAAAUAAAAAGAAGCAAGAAAACAAAGACCUUGAGACUGUGACAGAGAUGUACAGGGAAAGAGAGGGGGAAGAACUGGGGGAGAGAGAAGAUGAAGUCUAUCUUGAGAACAAAGAAAGGAAUAUUGAGGAGGAAAAGACAACUGAGGCACAGUGGGACAUGGAGGAAGAGGAUGGUGUGACUGAGACCAAGGAAUACAGUUCAGGUGAUGGUGACGAGGAGACAGGCAGCGAGGAGAUAAAGGAAGAAUUUGAGCUAGAGAGGGAGAGAGAGAGACAGGAGAUGGAAAGAGAAAGGAUGGAACUGGAACAAGAAAGAAAAGAAGAACUGGAAAGGGAGAGAGAGCUAGAAAGAGAGACAGAGAUGGAGCAAGAAGAAAAGGAGGAGAGAGAGAGACAGUUACAAAGACAAAGAAUGGAAUGGGAGAGACAAAGAGAGAAGAUGGAGAGAGAGAGGAAGGGAGAGACAGACCAAGAAGAAGACAUGGGGCCCCGUAUUUCCCACUGUGAUUACCUUAAAGGACCUCCAGGUGAAAAUGGAAAACCAGGCCCUAAGGGGGAGAUUGGUGAAAAAGGCCAGAAGGGAGAACCUGGAACUGGUCACCGUGGGCCCAUUGGUCAGGCCGGUCCACCAGGACAAAAGGGUGAGCCUGGAGAACCAGGACCACCUGGAGCACAGGGCAUUCAGGGUAUUCGUGGCAACCCUGGCAUCCCGGGGUCACCAGGUCACAGAGGUCAGCCUGGAGACCCUGGAGAGCCAGGUAGAAAGGGUGAUAGAGGGAGACGAGGGAAGAAUGGCUCACCUGGUACUCCAGGUGCAAUUGGUCCUCCUGGACAGCAGGGUCCUCCUGGCACUUCUGGGGUUAAGGGUGAAAAGGGAGACAGUAUCCCAGGAGAACCAGGUGACAGAGGAAUUCCUGGGCUCCCAGGUCGCAGGGGAGGCAAAGGCACUGUCGGUGCCAAUGGGCCUCCAGGUCUCCUGGGUCCUAAAGGCUUGACAGGUAUGAAAGGAGAAAAGGGUGACAAAGGUGUGCCUGGUCACAGAGGAGACAAGGGUAGUCCUCUCUCCAUGCCAGGACCCAGAGGAUAUAAGGGUCUGAAAGGAGAGCCAGGUGAACGUGGGCUUCCAGGAUUUGAUGGAGAUAAAGGAGAAAAGGGUGAAGAUGGUCCACCUGGUGCAAAGGGGCUGAAGGGAGAGGCUGGUACUAAAGGAGGCAUGGGGCCUUUUGGUGCACGUGGUCCAGUAGGACAAAAGGGAGAUCCAGGAGAACCAGGCACCAAUGGGGAAAAGGGUCAUAAUGGAGAACAUGGAUUGGAUGGUGAGAAAGGUGAUAAGGGAGACAUGGGUCUGCAGGGCCGAAAGGGAGAUCAGGGUGAGACAGGAGAGCCUGGUUUACCUGGAGAUGCAGGAAUUAAAGGCGAGAAGGGCUUCAGAGGUUUCCCUGGUCGAAUAGGGAGUCCAGGACUGGAUGGAGAACAGGUAUUUUUAAUCCAAUUUCAUUUUACAUUAAAAACUGGAUUAAAUAAACCACUAAGAACAUUUCCUUUAACUGUAAAACACAAGGGGGAUUCUGGGGACCCUGGCAGUGGACAAAAAGGUGAUAGUGGUCUGAAUGGUCUUGAUGGAGCUCCUGGACAAAAAGGAGAGAAGGGUGCAACUGGUUUCCCAGGUUUCACUGGGUUUAAGGGAUCUCCCGGUGCAUCAGGAACUAAUGGGGCUCUGGGUCGGCCUGGUCCAGUUGGACCUAAAGGUGACGUGGGACCAAAGGGAGAGAAGGGAAGGAGAGGCAGAGGAAAGGCCUGUCAACGGGGACCCCCUGGAAUUCCUGGCCUCAGAGGCCUGGAUGGAGAAGUGGGAACCUCAGGCAUGAAAGGAGAAAAAGGGGAGCCUGGACUCAGUGUGGAGGAAGUGAAGGAUCUUGUGACAAAGGAGGUGGUUGUGAAGUGUGGAAAGGAAAUACACCUUAUGGUGAACACCAAUGAUCCAGAUGAUGGGAGUAUCCUAAGGGAAGAGGGAAGAACAGAUUCUGCCUCUCCGUUCUUGCUCACCCACCCCAAAGUGUGGGAUGAAGAGUCAGAGGACGAGACCACUACAGUUCAUCCUGCUGUUUCAGAGUCUGAGCCAACAUUAGCAUAUGGCAACGUUACAAGAGCCAAUACUGAGGGAGAUGGAGAGCAGAGAGAAAAGAGAAGUGUACUCAAACUCCACUCAGACCUAGCCGCUGAUCUGUGCCUUGAACCCAUGUCUGAGGGCCACUGCACUGAAUACAUCCUGCUCUGGUACUACUACGCCGUCUCAGGAGAAUGCCGUCCCUUUGUGUAUGGUGGCUGUGGAGGAAACAGGAACCGCUUCAGCUCCAAACAGGACUGUGAAAGUCAAUGUAUUCUGGAGAGGAGAGGUAAAGAGCCAAUCAGAAUUCAGACUUCAGGUUCCAAUAUAAAUGAUCAGAGGUGAUUGUUCGAAAGAUGCUAAAGACAUUUAUUUUUAAUCAAAAUUAAUUUAAUUUAAUAU